AUGCCGAUCAUGACGUUUGUUGCGCGCGUGUCCGACGGCAUGUUGCUGGUCGCGUCUAUGGAAAGUAUCGGAGAUACGAACGGAAACCUGGACACGUACAAGCAACAAGCCAAGCAAAUCCUCAAGAAACUGGACCAGCGCUCACCGACCAAGUGCAGCAUCGAGUCGGGGACCUACACUUUCCACUACUUGAUGCAGGAAGAAGUUUGCUACUUGACGCUAGCGGAUCGGGGGUUUCCGAAACGCCUGGCGUUCUUGUAUCUGGAAGAGGUGCAUGUAGGCUUCGUGGACGAGCUGGAACGAGACAGCGGCAGCAACUGGCGGGACGUGAUCACGACAGCUGCCAGACCUUAUGCGUUCAUCAAGUUCGACAAGUUUAUCCAGAAAAAGCGCAAGGAGUACGCGGACCCCAACUCGUCUCAGAACAUGCACCGCUUGAACGAUGACCUGGCGGACAUUCACAACAUCAUGCGCAAGAACAUUCAAGAAGUGCUCAACCGCGGCGAACGAGUCGAACAUGUUUCGCGCAUCUCGUCAAACUUGGCGGACAGGUCGAAAGACCUAAAGUGGGGCGCCAAGAAGCUGCGCAUGCAGGCCAUCUACCGCCAGUACGGCCCCAUCGUCGCUGUCGUGCUCUUUGUGCUGCUAGUUAUUUACAUCAAGUUCUUUUAG